AUGUUUUUCUCCAAUGAUCUUUUGACCAAACGGCAUCGCUCCGGCUGGAGCCUCUAUUGGAUAGCAGCAGUCAGUGCUAACUUCAAGUCGGCGGUCACGAGACUAUCUAAAAAGGAGCUCUUGAAUGCCGACUUAUCCGAAGCAUGUUCGACAUUGACCCAACCUCGCGAACCCUUAGCACUGAGGCUGAGCAGCGCAUUACUACUUGGAAUUGUCAGAGUUUAUGGACAUAGAUGCUCUGCGUUACAUCUCCAGGUGCAGCAUGUUGCCCAGUCAAUGAAGAAGGUUUCAUUCCUUACCGAAGACGAAAACGACACUGUUCAAGAUGCUCGCUCUAGAACUACAAGAAGUGCGGUUGUUUUGGAUGGUGCUACUCAUGUGAACACGGGGUACGAUGGUCACAAUUUUCCCCGUGCGAGGGAGCAAGAUCACAUCGCAGAACUUUUUGGUUUUGAGGAACCCGAUCCAUUCGAAUUUGAUCCGAAAUUUCGUGGAAGAGACGUCGAAGAUCUUUACCUAGGGUUUGGUGCUAUAACAGUUGGAAAUAAACCUACAAGGAUCACUUUGACAGCCUCAGGAAGCAAUAACUCUCCGCGUCUUAGUGAUCCAUUUGUCUCAAAACCUUCCGAGAUUAGUUUGUCGGGCAAUUCUUUAGCAUUGGGCCCAUUUUCUAACCAUGGAGACGACCUCAACGGCUUGAACCAGUUCUCUGGACCGGGUUUUGAUUUUGUCGAUUUAGGUGGUGAAGGGGGAGAGAUCAAUCUGGGGAUCAUCCCCGAGACAAGCGUUCAUCCGAUCGUAGAAGGCCAUAGAAUUCGUCAACCUUCCAGCAGGUUCGGGAUUGAAAGCGAAGUCGGAAGAGGCUAUCAAGGCAGACAAAGGCAUACAUCUAUCAUCGGCUUUCCAAUGAGCCCAGUUGGAAUUCAAAGAGCUAAUGGCAAUGUUAGAGAAAGUAGGCCACCCGAGGGCCCGGAGCAUUCCUUUGAAUUUGAGUCUACUACUCAGUUCAUCAAUCCCCACAUUUCCCUUGACGAUGAGGAGGAGCAACUCGAUACUCUAGGUCCGGAAUCUCUCGAAAAGCUCAUUUCAAUCAAGCGUAAAGACGAAUCACAUCCCCGUUUAGACCGUCGAAAGUUCAUCAAAGUCUUAGUCGAUCCGGUAACGUCUCUGAGUGCAGAAAAUGUGAUGAGUAUGAGAGAGAAUUAUCGUAUCGAGCGUUUGGAGAGAGAAAACAAGUACCAGAAUCGAAGAGUCGAACAACUCAUACAGGAACGUGCCAAGGAGUUAGUUUAUGGGAGCCCAUCUUACUUCCAGGCUUCCAACUUGAGAGAAUUAUGGAACGACUGUGUUAAGGUACCAGAAGUUGAUGCAUCCGCGAACAAACGAGCAGUCGAAAGACCUGGCGAAAAAUAUCAAGCAGGUGCUGGAGAUAGGGGAUUGGAAUUGCCUUCUUCUCAUUCUGGUCAGUCAGACAACAGAUUUUUCGAAGAUAAUCCGACUUUACAAGGGUUGGAGAUCCAAAAUCAAUCAUUCCUCAACCCACCCAGCAAUAUCCCAUGGUUGAACUUUGAACAAAAUCGGGAUCAAGUCGAGCCUUUCUUGGGGGAGCAAACGGAGAGGAUAGAUGAAAUAGAGGAAGAUGUAAUCGGAAGGCAAAGAGCACCCAGUUUUGAAAGCAGCACCCAUAGACUUUCCUCUAGUCAGGUACUCCCAUGGGGCCGCCAAGGUUUGAUAGCGGCGGGCACUGCUGAGGGAGGAUAUGAAAGUGACUAUGGAGUGUUGGACUCUUAUGGAAUGGACGCUGGGGAAGCUAGUGCCAGGAGAACUUCCCAAACGGCGGAGGUCAUCGUUGCUCUCCCUCUCUCGCGAGCCCACGCGGAUCUCAUCGACCCCUCAACAUACAAGAUCAAGUUUGAUUGCGAGAAACAGUUGAGCAAUCAAGCUUAUAUUUAG